CUGUUGCACCUGUAGACAGUAUGGACCUUCCUGAUCAAUUCCAAGAGCAGCAACAACAGCAGGCCUCUGUAACCCGAACGGACAACUACCAUGAUGACAUCUUCACUUCAGAAGGAGCAUCAACAUCUCAGGAGCUACGGAGGGACGCGGGCGCAAUGCCCGAGUCCGGCGAAGGCUGUCCCGUGUGCGGAGAUAAAAUAUCGGGCUACCACUACGGCCUGCUCACUUGUGAGAGCUGUAAGGGUUUUUUCAAACGCUCCGUGCAGAACAACAAACACUACACUUGCACAGAGGGACAAAGCUGCCCAAUGAACGUCUCCCAGAGAAAGCGCUGCCCGUUCUGUCGCUUCCAGAAGUGUCUGGCGGUGGGGAUGAAGAAAGAAGCAGUGAGAGCGAACCGCAUGCGAGGCGGCAGGAACAAGUUUGGGCCUUUCUACAGGCAAAUGAAAGAACAAAAAGUGCACCCCCAGACCAACGCCGCCCCCUAUAGGAUCAAAAUGGAAACAAUGCAAACACUCUGGCCUGCAGCCGCUAACGACUGUUCACUCACGUGUAACCACACGAGUGCUCCCAUGUCUCCGGAUGCUUUCCAUCAGUCGCACAUGUAUCCCUCCGGAAUGACCCCCUUGCCUUUUGACUCCACUAUGAGCAACGAUAGGGUAGUCCCUCCACUGCCUCUUUCCUACGCCGGAGCGCAUGACCAGACGUUUCCCGGUUACCUCCCGGACGAACUACAAACAACUCCGAACUACAGCCCGGCUCCUUCACACUACUCCAUGCACAGGACCCCAAGCAGCACAUACAUGUUACAAACCCCCUCGACAUCUCCGUGCUCAAGCGUCACGCCCACCCCGCCGCCACUGCAGCCCCCAGGCCUGGUCGGCUCCCCGGCCGCCUGCAGCGCCCACUCCGCCUUUCUUGCUCAGCUUCUGGAAGGGGAGCAGGACGAGAGUCAGCUGUGCGCCAAGGUGGUGGCGAGUCUUCAGAGGGAGCAGGCCAACCGGGGCAAGCACGACUGCCUCAACACGUUCGGUAUCAUGUGGAAAAUGGCGGACCAAACUCUGUUUGGCUUGGUGGAGUGGGCCAGGAACAGUGCGCUCUUCAAGGAGCUCAAGGUGGAGGACCAGAUGAUUCUCCUGCAGAGUUGCUGGAGUGAGCUGCUGGUUUUGGACCAUCUCUGCAGACAGGUCAUCUAUGGAAAAGAAGGUUGCAUAUAUCUGGUCAUGGGACAGCAGAUUGAAAUGUCAACAAUCAUCUCUCAGGCAGGAACCACGCUCAUCAGUUUGGUCACCAGGACACAGGAUUUGGUGUCCAAACUGAAGGCACUCCACUUUGACAGGCACGAGUUUGUCUGUCUCAAAUAUCUGGUGCUUUUUAACCCCGAUGUGAAGUCCCUGCAGAGUCGGCAGCAGGUGGAGCACACGCAGGAAAGGGUGAACCGGGCGCUGAUGGAACACACCCAGCGGACUCACCCUGGACACUCAGACAAAUUUGGACAGUUGCUUCUGCGGCUGCCCGAAGUGCGCAGCAUCAGCCUGCAGGUGGAAGAGUAUUUGUACCUGCGCCACCUGCUGGGAGAUUUGCCCUGUAACUCUCUCCUCACUGAGAUGCUGCACACCAAACACAGCUGAGAUCAACAUCAAGUUUUUAAAUCGUGCCAACUUCACAUUACGCCCCCCCUCACCCCACCACCACCAACAACAACAACAACAUACACCCACACACACUUUGUUUACACGGUAACCACCUCAACCUGCUGCUGUGAUGUAAAAUAAAUAAAACGCCAACAUGCUGAUGAAACAACAACAACAAGGUGACAAUGAUUUUUAAAAUGAUUUUUAUUCUGAUCUAGAUGCCAAUGACAGUAGAUGAAUGAAAUAAGCACACGUACUGGCACAGAUUUCAUGACGGAAAAACAAAAACGCGUGUCAUGACACUUUAAGGAGAGAGGGGGUGUGGG